UCUCGACGAAAAAGGUUUACCCGACGAACCAAAUACCAAUCCAUCAGGAAGAUGAUUGGUAUUUGGCUUAUGCGUCUAUUGUUUGAAUUCGGAGGCCACAAGGUCUAGUUUCUACCGUCACUUGUGGCGCUAAUGGAGUGAUCAGUUUGAAUGAUGAAAUGAAAGGGGAAAAAACAGAGCAAACGAUGACGAGGGGAUGAGGUGUUUGCUUAGGUCAGUGGCCGGCGAUGGACGACAAAAAACAAUGAGUCAGCAAUGAGCUCCAUAGAGGAACCAGCUGGUCCCAUAAGCAAAGCAAGAACAACGUUAUUAUUAGUUUUAUCCACUUCUUUUUAUCUCUAAGCGAACAUUACCCUGUUUUGAUUAUGAUUAAAGAAAAAAGUUGGCGAUAAUGACGAUUAACACGAUGGAUAUAGGUCAUUUUGUUGCGUGGACCCGUUCUAAGAUAGUGGUAAUUAUCUCACCCUAAUCGUUUACGCCAAGGUAAUGAUUUCAGCUCGACUUUCCUUUAUCCUAAGCCGUUGGUGUUACUUGAUAAUAGAUUAUCCGACAUCGACGAGAAAUCAUGUGGUCUUGCUGGAGAAGGAUUACACCGGCUGUAACAUUUUUCAUUUCAGGUUGGAUUAGGAAUAGGUUGUCUAGAGAAGGUGUUAUAUCUACAUUCUCAAUCUAUGUAACAUGUAUCUCCUCAACUAUAGUGAAACUGCUAUCUCAUGCUCGUGGAUUAGCUAACGCACAUCGUGUUAGUGAACCGCAUAACUCUAAGUGUUCUUUACUUUAUUGCAUUGUCGAUUUUUCCAUUACGUUCUAACAUAAACAGUACAUUUGAGAUUUAUUUCAACCUUAUGAACACCCGUUAAACUCGUAAAAGAGAAUAAUUUGGGCAUAUAGAGUUAAUCGUCUAAACGAUCAUCACCAAAGAAUUUUCCUUUGGGACCUCUUAACGGGUGUUCAUGUGGUCCUUGCAGGAUUGUGUGGUCGCCGUGUCCAAGAGCUGGCUUCUCUGUGCGCUCAAUGUACCAAGGCCUGUGUCGCGAGAAGUUUCCGGGAGUGGCGAAUUUCCCGUUCAAGUCAGUUUGGAGAUUGAAGGCUCCUUCGAAAGUUAAUGGUUUUGCUUGGCUGCUCUUUCACAAUCGCACCCUUACCCAUGAUAAUUUAAAGAGGCGAGGAUGGAAUAUUGUGAGCAGGUGCGUGUUGUGCGAGGCGAACACCGAGACGGCGUCCCACUUGUUUAGAAGCUGUGAGUAUAGCACUAGAAUUUGGGACAGGUAUAUGACAGUUCUGUCAGUUGGAGGCCCCUUUCCGAUUGAUCUUCAACAGUUGUUUGGAUGCUGGUGCCGGGAGGAUCCUGAUGAUUGGCUGGACUGGUUCCGGUAUCUAUUCCUCCAUGGCUUCGUUUGGGAGGUGUGGAAGGAACGAAAUGAGAGAUCCUUUAAAGAUACAAGUAAGGCGUGGCAAGUCAUCUUCCAUAAAAUUGGACGAACGCUACUUCAUUGGAUCGCUGCUGCGGGACAGAUCAAUGAUCAAAAUGCCAAGGAUUGGCGGAGAUUGCUAGCACUGGCGUGCCCCCCUACACGAAACAAUAGCAUCUAGCUGCCUCUGGGUUUUGGUUUUGCUUGGGUUUCCUCUGUUGUCUUUGCUUUGUAUUGCUCCUGCAGGAGUCUUGUUUUUUCUCACGGUCUUCCUUUCCUCCCUUCUAUUUCCGCUGUUCCUGUUGUUCUUACUUUCUUUGGGAUCCAAAUUGUGUGUCCUCCCCUCUCUAUUCUUGUUUCUUGAACUUGUAUACACCCCUGGUGUAUUUCCUUGGUAAUGCAUUUUCACCGUUAUCCAAAAAAAAAAUGUUCUUACUUUGAUCUAACAAUAGCAACCUUACUGUCGAGUUCAAUUCACACGACCUAUCAUUUCGAGAAAAAUUCUCCAUAUAGCCACCAACAGAACUGUAAGUCUGAAUCGUCAUUCUCGUUAGUUUAACAAGAAAGUUAAUAAAACCAGAGUCAGCCUCACACAUAUGCGUCAAGGUCCCGCGUCAAAGCAAUUGCAUUAAAAAUUCAUGAACCACCGACGUUUGUUUAACUACCAUACAUGUACCUCAUUACAAGACACUAAAGGAGAAGAAAACAAUCUGGUUCCACUAAAUGGGUUGGUAUAAAAAUGGAGGUGAAAGGGAGCAAAAGGCAAUCUUUUCCUAUUAGCAUUUAGCAAUGGCCCCUGUUUUAGACCAGACAGUGAGUAAUGAGGAAAAGGGUUCGUGUUUCUUCUUUCUUCUUCUCCUGCUACUUACCCUUCUUUUAAUCCUCUGUCGGGAAGGAAGGAUUGUUAAUGCCAAAACAAAAACACAGCAAAAAUGAAAUACCGUACGACUUGUUUUUUUCGAAAGGAGCCACAGGAUUAUGCUGUCAUCCACAAAGCUCGUUUGUCCUAACAAGAAAAAAGUUCCUUCAGCCUUCAAAGAUGGUGUUCAUUGUGAACUUAAUUAGCAUAUACUGAUGCUCUUUCCAGAGGUUAUGACAGAAUCUUGGAGGGUAUUACUAGGGAAUAGGAUUUGGGAAGAGAUGGAUUUUGGAAACUCUUUUUAUAAGAAAACAGUCAUGUAUAAGACAUGGUAUUCAAUACGCAUCGUAUACGAUUCAUCAACUGUGCUUACGAUUAGGGAUUACUCCGUUCUUGUUUGUUAUGGCUAAUGAUUAUUGCACUACGGAAGCAAUUAACAAAAUGGGCUAGGGGUAGUGGCGGACCCAGGAAUUUUACAUAGGGGUGUCAUCUUUCAAAAAACAAAGUAAAAUAAAAAUUAGUAAUUAUUAAUUAAUAAAAAUAAAAUAAUUUUUAAAUAAGAAAAUACCCAACUCGUACAAGAUUAAAAAAGUCCAUGAUGUAUUUUCAUAUUAUGAAAAGAAUGGUAAAAUACACUUGGUGUCUACACUGCUCAACAAAUGUGUCUCGGUAUAUCCUACUAGACAAUCAUUCACGAAUUGACGCACAAUCAACUUCUAAAUUUGUUCUUGAUGUAACUAUAAGCUGAAAAAACACUUUCAACACUUGUCAUACAACCAUAAAAUCAACAAUUAAAGAAUAGGGAAUAGG